AACCCCACGUGCCCCCUGUUUCCCUUUCCACUGCUCCGCGCGCAGCCUCAUUGCUUCAAUCAAGUCCAGUAUCGUCAGACCGAUAGAGGAGUGUGUGUGUGAUAACGCUGACACCGACACACACCAUGCUGCUGGAGCCGAGCAGCGGAGCCUCGCCAGGGGGCUUUUAACUCUCUUCAGGCGGAGAGGGGUUGAGAAAUGCGGGCGCCGCGUUUAAAGGAACCCCGCUGUUCUGUUUGCCUUCACUGUCAACAACAGUCCUACUGCAGCUCCGCGCACGGCUCCUAUCGGUUCAUUUAACGGCGCUGCACCGAGGAUAUCCCUGGGACUAUGUGAGCAUCAUGCUCGCUGUGAGGUGCCUGCUGUUCGCUGCAGUGUGUGCACGGUGCGCCGUGGCAGGUCUGAGGGAACGGGUCAGUCUGGAAGGAAGGCUGCCGCCUGCAGAAGAGGUCGUUCAGCCCAAGCAGCUCCUGCAACAGAUCCACUCCCAGGAGGAGCUGCUCCACAGCCGCCUGAACACUCGGGUCAAAAACUACACAGCCGAAGCGCAGCCCGUCCAUCUGGCCCAGAGCAGCUUCUUGGUGGAGGCCUUUGGCGCGUCCUUCAUCCUUGACCUGGAACUCAACCACAAUCUGCUCUCUACAGACUAUGUGGAGCGUCACUAUGAUGAGAAUGGGCAGCUGUCACAGAAUAUGGGAGGCGAGCACUGCUAUUACCAUGGCCGCGUGCGAGGGCUGCCGGGCUCCUGGGCUGCUCUGUCCACCUGCCACGGCCUACGGGGGAUGUUUUCUGAUGGAAACUUCUCCUACGGGAUUGAACCUGUUGGCAGUGGAGAGUGUGUCUGUCACUGUUGUUUAUGUUUUUUUAAGGACGGCGUUCAGGAGCAGAACGACCACAUUGUGUAUCGUAUGCCGGACAUUGACCUCUUCCCACCUCCCUGUCCAGGGUGCUCCGUGAACAGCACCGAGCCCGAGGGGCCUACAGACGGUGAACUGAAGGAUGGAGACAACUGGUCUGAAGAGGAGGAGCCUGUUUUUACAGAUAUCUUGAGACGCUCAAAAAGACAAGUGCGGCGAGGCCAGCGCACCGUCCAGACUGAGACCAAGUACAUCGAGCUGAUGGUGGUCAACGACCAUGAGCUGUUCGUGCAGCUUCGUCGGUCGUCCACUCAGACAAAGAACUUUGCCAAAGCGGUGGUGAACAUGGCCGACGCGAUCUACAAGGAGCAGCUCAACACUCGCAUCGUCCUGGUGGCCAUGGAAACCUGGUCUUCUGAAAACAGGAUAUCCGUGGGUGACGACGCUUUGCUCACCUUGCGCGACUUCAUGAAGUACAGGAAGGAGAGCAUCAAGGAACGCUGCGACGCCGUUCACCUCUUCUCUGGAAGGACGUUCAUGAGCAGCCGCAGUGAGGCAGCCUACAUUGGGGGCAUCUGCUCAGCCACCAGAGGUGGAGGCAUCAAUGAGUAUGGCAGCGUGGGCCCCAUGGCCAUCACAUUGAGUCAAAGCCUUGGCCAGAACAUUGGCAUGCUGAGAAACAAAGAGCGACUGGCUGCAGGAGACUGCAGGUGUCCAGACCCAUGGCUGGGCUGUAUCAUGGAGGACACAGGUUACUACCUGCCCAGGAAGUUCUCUCGCUGCAGCAUAGACGAGUACCUGCGAUUCCUUCAACAGGGAGGAGGCAGCUGUCUCUUCAACAAGCCCAGCAAGUUGUUUGACCAACCAGAGUGUGGGAAUGGAUUUGUGGAGCUGGGAGAGGAAUGUGACUGUGGAACACUCGUGGACUGUGCACGGAGUGGAGCCAACUGCUGUAAGAAGUGCACCCUUACCCACAAUGCCAUGUGCAGCAACGGGCUCUGCUGCAGGGACUGCAAGUACGAGCUGAGAGGGGUGACGUGCCGUGAAACUGUUAACGACUGUGACAUCCCUGAGACCUGCAUGGGAGACUCCAGCCAGUGUCCUCAUAACGUCCACAAACUGGAUGGCUACAUGUGUGGUGCUGGACAGGGUCGGUGUUAUGGAGGUCGUUGUAAGACCAGAGACGGCCAGUGCAGGACGCUGUGGGGCUACAACUCAGCCGACAGGUUCUGCUAUGAAAAGCUGAAUUCUGAGGGCACAGAGAAAGGAAACUGUGGUCCGGACUCCAGUGGUCAGGGAUGGGUGCAGUGCAACAAGCAGGAUGUCCUGUGCGGUUUACUGCUGUGCACCAAUGUGACAGAUAGGCCGAGGUUUGGUGAACUUCAGGGGAGGCUCACCAGUCUGACCAUCCACCAUCAGAACAGAUACCUGGACUGCAGGGGCGGCCAUGCAGUGCUGGAUGACGGCUUGGAUAUGGGCUAUGUGGAGGAUGGGACACCAUGUGGGCCAAACAUGAUGUGUUUUGAGCGUCGCUGCCUCCCUGUCACCACCUUCAACCUGAGCACCUGCCCGGGCUCCUCGUCCUCACACAUCUGCUCCGACCACGGGACUUGCAGCAACGAGAUAAGGUGCAUCUGUGAUCCGGACUACACUGGGAAGGACUGUAGUGUGGUUGACCCGAUCCUCAACCCCACACCGGCAGACCUAGAGAAACACAGAGAAACAUCCGAAGAGGAAGAUCUUCGUGAGUUUGAGUUGUGUCUCUUCGCUGUCCUGUCUUCCUUACACCGGUGUCCAGUCCGCUCUGAGGAUACAAGACAAAGAUAUCUUCCACUUCUGUUUCCUUUUCUGAUUUCAUGAAAGCUGUCUCCUUUGGUAUUCUCCUCCUGGGAAGCCUGAUUACUCUUUGUUUAACUGCAGUAUGGAAGUUGCCAUCAGAUCUGAAAGACUGUCAGGAGUUUUCUGGUUCCAAAUGUUCGCUUUGGUGUCAUGCUCACUUUUUAUUUACAACAUUUCCAGGACACACAGACACACACAGCCCUUAACUGAAGUGCGUUUACUGAACUUUUUUCGGUUAGAUUUCCCCUUCCACUGGUUACAGCUGAUAUUCUGCCAUAUCGACUGUUAUUGUGUUUUACCCCUUUAAGUAAUGUACUACUUCUAGUCUGGACUUUUUUGGGAAGUCUUCUGUUUUCAAAGAUAUUUAACCUUGUGGAGAACACCACCACCUCCUCUCAGUGGUGUGACUUUAACUGCAGUAGAAGUGUAUGAAAAUAACAAAAUAGUGAAUGUUGACAUUUUAUCAGUCUAGAUGAGGGUUAUUUUGUGUGCUAGGCCUUUACAUUCCACGGUAAUAGCCAUACUUUCUCUUAUGCUGCCGUUCAUUAUCAAACAGUAGUCCAUCCUAAAUCAAUGCUUCUACAUAAUAUGCAUUAAUGAAGUUCAGGCCUGCAAGGAAGCUAGUUGUGUCUCUGUGCCGAUGAUAUCAAAGUACUUUUUACUUCAGACAGUUGCACAUGUAAACGCCAAAUGUUUUAUCCCGCUGUAUAAUAUGUAAUCUAUAUACAGCCAAUAUGCUGAACAUGGGUGCUGAUGUACAAAGUGUAUCAUAAGGUUGACUCGUUAAGACAGCAGUGACUCACUGCCGCUCUGAAUGAAAGCACAAGUCUGGAGAGAGAAGACUCUUCCUGCCUCUCAGCAUAAAACUGCUCAUUUUGAAGUUUUAAUUCCAUAGAGAAGAUUUGAAUCUUUGCAGUUUAGUGAAGUUUGAGCUCCUCUGGUUUUCCACAAUUGUGGGAUGAAUGAUCAUUUGGGUCACGGAGAAAGAUAUGCGAGUGUUGUAUGUUUCAUACAUGCCUCUAAGAGAUUUUCAAGCUGCAAAAUUAUUAAAUAGCUCCCAGAUUUCCAAAAAUUUGAUUUAACACAGGAUCUCACUCCAUAUUAUAAUCUGGCUUCUAUGAGCUCAGUCAAGCUGCCGAGGUAAAACUAGAAAUGAAAAAAAUAUGCUUUAUCUCUAAAUGCCGUUAGAUAAUUUAAUUCUGACUGACCAGAUCAAUAAGCAAUAAAUAUGUACAUUUCAUGAAUAAUAUCAGAAACAUGUUCGCCCAUAGAAAAAAAAGAGUCUUAUUCUGCUGCUUCCAUGUGCAUCACUCUCCGUCUAUCCCCUCUGGACUUCGGAGAAUCUUAAAUCAGGUUUAUUGUGGUUAUUAUGUACAAAGACCCCUUUACACCUUGCAUUAAAAUGUGUCUCAUAUCUAGAUCUGAUUAAAUUCCCCAGUAUUAAUAUGCAUUUCCUGUGACCACAGUGAGAUCGAAUCACCCAAAAAGCGUUUUAAUGCUGUUGGUGUAAAGGGGGUAUUUGUUUCACUAAAUAACAAUAAGGAACUGCGUAAUCGCAGAGGUGCCACAACAGAUGAUCCAAGUUACACUGCCGGUAAACUUACAAUAGCAUUAAAGGAAUACGUUGACAUUUUCUCUGCUUCUGAAAUUAGACACAAUUUUUAAAAAAAAAAGGUCCUAACGACAUUCCUUACUGACUAAAAUGAGUGCAGUUAGUCAUGGAAAUUGAUUUUUGAAGGCUAAAUGCUAAACUUAUUUUGACUUUAAACAGCAGUUCAUUUUCUCAGAGUUUAAAUGUCAGUGGGUAGCCCUUUAAUCGUACUAAAACUCUGCCGUAUGCACGCUGUAUAAAAUCGAAAACUCAAGGACAGACUUGGCUGAAAGCUCAGGUCACACUGUGUUUACCGCCACUGUUUGUGAUCACACAUUGUAGUUGGACUCACCAUUCACACAGGGAAGUCAACAUUGUUUAUUCCCACAGGAAGGUUACCAGUAUUAGCUUAGCCUAUAAUGUAAAUACUCAUAUUAUUGUAUAUUGAAAUAUAUAUUAAAUCGUAUAUGAAUAACAG